UAUAAAUUGGUUCAACGCAAAACUUGGAAUUAAAAACCUGAAACUGAGAGUUGUGCUCCGGCCUCUCUCAUGGCGACAAAAACCAAAAUCCUGAGCUAUUUAUUCAUCGUCUUUUUGUGUUGAUUGGGCUUUACAACGUCAAUUGGGGCAAAUUUGUGUGUGAUUUACGGAAUGGUGUAAUAGUGGUAUUAUUGUCUGCAGCGAUCUCGACAAGUCUUCACUGGUACUAUCACUUCGAGGGGUUGAUUCAGACGAAGGAAAAAUCAUGCCUGAAUUCGUUGAUGAGGGAUGUGACUGGUGUGACCGUGAUCAUCAGCUUAAUUGCAACUGGUAUUGUGCUACACAAUAUUGAAGGUUCUUGUGAGAGGUUUCCUGUUUCCCAAAGGUUCAAACUUGUAGAUUUGGUGGGAAAGCUUUACACUCAUAGGAAUGUGCUACAGAAAGACUCGAUUAACCUUGAACACAAAUUUGAUCAGUUGAGAAGUCUCAACAAAGCACAUGAAGAGCUUCCUCCAGAAAGAAUGCUAGUUACUGAAAGGACUCAAGAGAGAAUGCUAGUUCCUAAAAGGACUCAAGACAAAAUGCUAGUUGCUGAAAGGACUCAAGAAAGAAUGCUAGCUCCUAAAAGGAAGAAGAAUGGAGGACUGUCAAAAUGGGAGAGAAGGCUGAACCAAAUAUUGAAGUUGAUAAAGCAAAGUCAGUGUUGGCUACUAAGACAUUAAAAUUUGAUCCAAAAAAAAAAAAA